AACAAACAGAAUCGACCCAUACAGCUAAUGCUCCAUUAAAGCACUUAGCACUGUGAACUUGAAGAAGAGAGAGAAAGAGAAAGGGGAGGAGAGAUGGGCAACGGCAGCUUUUCUUUCUACUCUCACCUGGUGCUCCUGCUGCUGCUGCUGCUCGCAUCUCCGUCGCAGUCGGACCGGAGAGUCGCGCUCAGCCUCUACUACGAGGCCCUCUGCCCCUACUGCGCCAACUUCAUCGUCAACUCGCUCUCCAAGGUGUUCGACACGGGCCUCAUCUCCAUUGUCGAUCUCAGGCUCAUCCCUUGGGGCAACGGCUGGAUCUCGCCGGAUGGCUCCCUCUCGUGCCAGCAUGGACCAGAUGAAUGCCUACUAAAUGCCAUUGAAGCCUGUGCCAUCACCAUCUAUCCGGAUGUGACCCGGCAUUUCAGAUUCAUCAAUUGCGUGGAGCAAUUGACCCUGCAGGGCAGGCACGGCGAGUGGUCCAAGUGCUUGGGCACGACUGGCCUCGGCAAUGCUCCGGUCGAUUGUUAUAACAGAGGCUAUGGAAAUAAGCUUGAGCGGAGGAAUGCCCAGGAAACCGCUCGUCUCAAUCCGCCACACAAAUUUGUCCCGUGGGUGCUCGUUAACAAUCGACCACUCCAGGAGGAGUUCCCAAAUUUCGUGAGCUAUGUAUGCAAGGCCUACAGAGGAGCCCACGUGCCGGCAGCAUGCAAGUCGAUUCCGGCAACCGUUGUUUCCUCUGGCGAGGAGAUUAGGUCCAGUUCGGUUUGCUAUGCAAGCCAAGCACGAAACGUUACUCCUGGGCUCCAAUAACAAAAUGGUAUUAAAUUUACCAAAAUGCAAAAGAAAAGCAAAAAGAAGAAGAAGAUGGUAUUAAUGUUUAUUUAUCUCUCUAAGGAGUGAUUACAGCUAGUUUGUCGUGCAAUAGAAUGGUGAUGUAGACACGAUUGAUUUGCAUCUAAUAAUAUAUGAUGCUGCUAAAGUCAGCUUUGGUU